ACUUUACCCUGCUUUACUCUACUCAGACAAAGCCACCCACCACACUGACUGUCGCUUCGGUCGCUGUAACCUUCACAUCAUUGACCUCUCAAGCACUGUCGCCGACUUUCCAUUUAAUAAAUCUUUUCGAAUCAUCGACUAGAAUGAUGCCAUCGCCUUUCCUCAACGGCCUCGGUCACAAGAAGCCAAGUCCACCUGCCAGCCCACGUUCGACCCCCCAGGACUCUGAGCUGGCCACCUUGAACAAACGAUAUGAGCAGUUCGUCAUUUAUGAUCAAGAGAAGAGCAAGUUUAUGGGUGAGCUGGUUGCACGCUAUGAGUACCUCCAUCAGCAGUACCAGAUAAUGGCUUCCGAACGAGACUGUGAGCGCGAAUGGGUCAUUUCAUGGCAAGAAGAAAAGCAGCGAUACGACAAGUGGAUCAAGAACAUGCAGCUGGCUAUGGCUGAUAAUCCCUUCGUCAUGGUCCUAAUUGAUGGCGACGGCAUGGUUUUUCGGGACGAGUUCCUGCGCGAAGGCGAGCAAGGCGGCCGUCAUGCUGCAGCCCAACUUUCUGCUGCUGUACAGAGCUAUGUCGAAGCUGAAACCGACAUCCCUCUCGGGGCUCGUAUAGUAUGUCGCAUUUACGCCAACGUCCAUGGACUAGCCGACGUGCUUGUGCGGGCGGGCGCUAUCGAGGACGUUGGUCAGUUUGAAGAUUUCGCCCGCGGUUUCACGAGAGGCAAGACCCUGUUUGACUUUAUCGACGUCGGUGCAGGUAAAGAUCGUGCGGAUGAGAAGAUUAUUGAGUCGUUCAAGCUAUUUUCCCAGGACUAUCAUUGCCGCCGGCUUCUAUUCGGUUGUUCGCAUGAUAAUGGUUACGCUCGAGCUCUAGAAGAGAAUUCUGACAAGACUGAGUUGCUCAACAAGGUAGUCCUCCUGGAAGGCGUACCCUUUGAGAAAGAGCUGGUGCAUUUGCCAUACAGCACGAAGAGGUUCCCGGGCCUCUUCCGGGAUUCCAAGAUUGUUGUUUGGGGCAGUGCCUCUGUACCUCAUCAGCCAACUACACCUCUAGGCUCGGCAUCACCUGGCAUGAAGACCUUCAACAUGCUAUCAGGGCUUCCGACUCGGUUUCCCGCACCUGCGCGAUCACCAGGCAAUUCGCUCAUGGACAGCCCCAUCCCAGCCAGGGCAUUGAUGAUGAAUCUCCCAAGGACACCGUCAUCGUCGACUCUAGCUUCAGAUGGCUUUCCAACUUCCAAGCCAGCCCUCGCUGCGACAAACAGCUGGGCAGCCAAGGCAGCAGCUCCAGCUCCCGCGGUUCCAGACUCGCCCCUAUACAAGCCCGCCAACCGGGAAGAAGUCAUUGCACGCAACCGUACCGGCCAACGCGUUGAUCCUCCAAGCAAGGAUUACGACAAAGCAGAAGUCGACCGCAUCAAGAAAAUCAAAAUGUGUAAUGUCCAUUUCCUUCGAAACGAAUGCCCCUACGAUACGAACUGUACGCAUCUCCACCAGUACAAGCCUACCAAAGACGAGGUGUCGACUCUCCGCCUCGUCGCGCGCAUGGCCCCUUGCCAGAACGGUAGCGGUUGUGAGGACAUCAAGUGUAUUUAUGGCCACCGAUGCCCUGCGCCACCUCACAAGACGCAUCAUGUUAAGGGUACCAGGUCUUGUAUUUUCGGUGAAAGCUGCAAGUUUCCGCCUGAGUUGCAUGAUAUUGAUACGACUGUGGUAAAGACUUUGGUAAUUCGCUAGCUGGGAUACUAUGUGAUGAUGGUACCGGCUGCGCAUGGCAUGGAGUUAUGGUUCAGGAACGGCGCGACAUGGAUGAUACCAGGUAGACUCUUCAAUCUC